CCUUCGUGGGCAUGCGCAGUAAUUGGUUGUCUGUUCGUCGCGGUGCGGGUAAUGGCGGCGGUGGAACGAUGGCAUUUCACACCACAACAACUCAUGGACACUCCUACACGCAAGUGUGGCGUAGACGCCGACAAAGAACUUUCCUAUAGACAACAGGCUGCUAACUUGAUCCAGGACAUGGGACAACGCCUCACCGUUAACCAACUAUGUAUCAUCACUGCCAUUGUAUAUAUGCAUCGGUUAUACAUGUACCAUUCCUUCACCAAGAUUCCACAAAAAUCCCUGGCUGCUGCCUGUUUGUUCCUGGCUGCCAAAGUGGAAGAACAGCCUCGCAAGCUGGAGCAUGUGAUCCGCGUGGCCCACGUAUGUCUGCACAGGGACUCCCCCAACCUGGACACGAAAAGCGAGACAUAUCUUCAACAAGCCCAAGAUUUAGUGAUCAAUGAGAGUAUACUGUUGCAAACUUUAGGCUUUGAGGUUGCCAUAGACCAUCCUCACACCCAUGUGGUCAAAACUACCCAACUUAUCCGAGCCCCCAAGGAUUUGGCGCAGACCGCAUAUUUCAUGGCGACCAACAGUCUGCACCUGACAGCCUUCAGUCUUCAGUACAAGCCUACCGUGGUGGCCUGCAUGUGCAUCCACCUCGCCUGCAAGUGGGCAAGUUGGGAGAUCCCACGGUCGAACGAUGGGAAGUACUGGUGGGAGUAUGUUGACCCCAAUGUUACACUGGACCUACUUGACAGUCUUACCACAGAGUUUCUGCAUAUUAUGGACAAGACCCCAAGUAGACUGAAGAGGAAAAUUAGCAAUUACAAAAUGGCAGGGGAUUCCCCUAUGUCCUCCAUCUUUAAUGCUGCUCACACCUCAGGAAAAAUGAGGCCAAAGCCAGAGGCCACAUCCACUGUUUCCACGGCGACUGCCUCCGGUAGUUCUGCCACUACGGGCCAGCCCCAGCCUGGGUCCUCCUCCAAUUAUUCAGCCCCUACAGAAUACACCAACCAUGACAGGCAAGGGAAGGACUCUGCACACCACAAAGCAGGCCUGCAGUCAGCGAGUUCCAGUUCUGUAAAUACCUCCACUAGCGUGGACCUGAAAUCUCAUCCUGACCUCCCCACCCUGCCCCCGCUGGUUCCCCCGGCAACAAAGUCCCCGCCCAAGCUCUUCAUCAACCAGGAUGCCCUGCGGAAGAUGGAGGAGAAGAGGGAGGGUACUCCGACCGCGCACGGCGCCCACCACUCACAGCGUCCCAGCACGCACAGAGACAAGUACGGCAGGCCGGUGCAAUCUAAGGCGGACAGAGGGGAGCGAGAGCACGGCUUGGGAGGCGUCACGAAACAUCACCCCAGCCAGAUGAAUGCUCACAGGGAAAGACACCACCACCAGGGACACCAUCCUGCGUCCCACAAGGAUCAGCAGAGACAUCAUGAGAAGACUGUAGUCCCAGGGCACGAGAAAAUGUCCACAGUACACCACCAUCCCAGAGAGAAGGUGCCCCCCAACAGUAAAGACAAGCAUCGCCACGAGCACCACCACAGGCACUCGGCGAGCGCGGCAUCCCGACAUCAUUCCCGUGGCACCCAGCCAUCUCAGGGCAGCCUGCCACACCCACACAAGCACCAGGGUCCGGGCGACGUCCCCGACUCCAAGUCCAGGAAGCGGGCUCACGCAGGAAGCCCCGACAUGGCCGUGCUUCACGGUGCAACGAGGAUGGCCACCGACGGCGCUGCAGGGCUCAUGCACCCCUCCCCUGCCAAAAAGCACCAGCGAGAUCACCCCGGACAGCUCCACGCUCCUGCCCCGGGGUCGCUAGAGAGCUCCAGCCUGCUGAAGCUGCCCGAUGCCACCCCCUGCCCCCCACCACCCGUCUGGCCAGCACCCCCCCUCAGCCCCAUCCCC